AUGCGUAACGCAGUAAGUCCACGAGUCCGAAAGCGGCUAGCGCAGGCAGAGCUCCGCCCGCCAACCUCCGUGCAUCUCGACUCUUCCAACCCCCAAAUCCUUAAUCGUCCAUCCCCCUCCCUGCCCACCACACAACGAUUCGAGCCUCUCCCAUACAAGCUUUGCUGUGCCGAUCCACGUCCCCUAGACCGCUGUCGUACCCCGCUCUGUGGAGCUCACAACCGCCAAGAUGAAGCCUAUCGUGUCGGCAAUGAACGCCUGGUCUUGAGCAAUAACCACGCAUACACAGGCUCUGAAGGCGAGCCCGAAGACGGCCCGGCAGUCGCAGCCUCCCUCUGGAUCGCAGUAUUCGUUUACCUUGGGUUCUUCGUGUUCUGCGGAUUCCAAGCCUACCUCCAUCUGCGCGGGAGCCGGGGCGGCGCCAUAUCACUCCAAUAA